UCGUGUUCGCCGCGUUUGCGCCAUCGCCAGGUACGGAGACGUCGACCUGUACCUAUGCAUGCAAGGUACAUGCAGACACUUUGCAAACAAGUCAGCAGCACAGUUAGUACGCACCUAGCCUCCUGCGAGCCCGUCACAACCCAGCGCCAUCCUGGGGUCAUCAGGUACACUGGGGGUAAUGGAAACGGCAGACUCAGAAAGCUGGGGGUAAUGGAAAUCGAAAGCUCCGGCCGGCUUUCUGCUUGUGGGGUCAGCCGAUGGCCGACGGGGACCCGGUGCGGGGCUUCUCCAGGCCGUGCCGAAUAUAUUGGGGAGCUGGCGUUUUAUCCACGUCUUGUUUGGCUGCUGGGCCUUUGUCCGGCAUUAGUGGCUUCUCUUGCUCUAUCGAUCAGGUUUCCUAUUUGCUGGCGGUGGGUAAUUGUCGAGCUCCAGGCCGGGCCAAUGCAUUGGCAAGGGACACGUACUGUGCUGUACACGUCCGUGGCAGUACCUGCACAAUGCCUGCAUGCCAGCAGCGCAGCGUCGAAUCGAACGGACAGGAUAGGGGGUGAUGAAAAUUUCUUCCGCCACGGGUUCGGGUUGGCCAUAGGGGCAGCCACGCAAUCUUGCUGGCGUCGCAGAUUGGGUCGUCGUCGGCAGCCGCAUUGUGCCUCGUGGUCAAGCAGACAGGGCCAUUGGCCCGCUACCCGCUUCCGCCAUGCAGGCAUCGAGCUUCUCGCACUAAUACUGUAAAUGCUCUGGGACCAUCAGCUCGAAAGAAGGAGUGCAUCCCCGCGGCUGGCCGCUGGGUCGCGCCAAACGGGAAGCCAGCUGGACAUCCCGGACCCGUCGCCGGGACGAUUCGAGCGGGCAGCAAGGAGGUUGCAAUGUUCAUGUACGAGUCCUGUACGAUAUAGGCUAGUUGGCUAGGUACAGGAGUUGAGUUUGCACUUUUGUUGGGAAUUCCUCGACGGCAUG